AAGUAGGUACGACUUCAUAUUGUACUUUUUUACUAAAGAAAAGUUACUUUUUGGUUUUUAAUAAUGACCGUUACUUGCAUAUGAAAUAUAUUCAUACAACUUCAAAACAGUACAUUGGUGCUGAAUGUAAGAAGUGGAACGUGGCCUAUGAGGAAUGUUUACGAGUAAUGUAAUUAAAGAUAAAUACCGUAAUAAAAAGAUUAAGGUUAGGUAUGUAAUAACUUCGAGUACAAAAAUAGGCCAUUGUUUUCUGGAAGGAAAAAAAAAUAGGUGGAAUGUCAUUGUCCGAGAAAGUUGUUUUGAUAACAGGGGCGAGCUCCGGGAUCGGGGCGGCUACGGCCGUGGACUUCGCCCGGCGAGGCAGCUGGCUGGCGCUGUGCGGGCGCAACAAGGACAACCUGGCCGCGACCAUCAGCUCGUGUCUGGAGGCCGGCACCCCGGCCGACAAGGUAAUCACUCUGAUUGGGGAUUUGACCGGGAAGGAAGUUUGUCAGAAGACCAUCAGCGAUGUGAUUGGUUAUUUUGGGCGACUUGAUGUUUUGGUGAACUCGGCCGGCAUACAAGUGGUCGGCUCCAUCGCGGACCUGGCCGUCGAGGACUACGACAGGCAGAUGGACAUCAACGUGCGGUCCGUGUUCCUCCUGACCCAGCUCGCCGUGCCGCACCUCGUCAAGACCAAGGGGAACGUCGUGAACGUGUCGAGCGUCGCCGGCUUACGAUCGUUCCCAGGGAUCAUCGCCUACAACAUGAGCAAGGCCGCGCUGGACCAGAUGACGCGGUGCGCGGCGCUGGAGCUGGCCGCGCAGGGCGUGCGCGUGAACGCCGUCAACCCCGGCGUCAUCGUCACCGAGAUCCACAAGCGGGCGGGCAUGAGCGAGGGGGACUACGCCUCGUUCCUGGAGAGGUGCAAGACCACGCACGCGCUGGGCCGGCCGGGCACGCCAGACGAGGUCGCGAAGAGCAUCGUCUUCCUGGCGUCGGACGACGCAUCGUUCAUCACGGGGGUCACCUUGUCCGUGGACGGGGGUCGAGCAGUGAUGUGCCCCCGCUGAUAGACACAGCCGUGCGCUGUGUUGCUCUGUAUCGCACUGUAGGUGGCGGUUUGUCAUGUAGUCUUUCAGCUCACACUUAUAUACAUGCAAGUUGCCCAAGCUCAAAGCAGAUGCAAUUCACUCAAGGGAAACUCGAGCAAGGUUACAGUAUAAUUACAGUAUUUUACUUUAAUAAGCAAGACAAAUAGUUUGCAGAAUAUAACAAGCAGAUAUAAUCUACUCAAGGGCAACUUAAGCAACAUAACAGUAUAAUUACAGUAUUUCACUUUAAUAAGCAAGACAAAUAGUUUGUAGGAUAUUUGUGUCUCAAGAGAGCAACGUCAAGUUUUCGUGGACUGUGAUAUAUAUGUAUAUUUUUUUUUAAAUUUUUUUUUUAAGGGAUACAGAAAUAAAUGAGGCAAAAUUCAGGUGGUGUUGUCAGAUACAAAAGAUAGAGUUUUAACAAUUAGCUGACACAAAACUGUUUGACUUGUCAGUGUAUUUUUCAGUAUUCCAAUAGAACGUGGACAGAAGACACAAAAAAAAAAAAAAAGUAUUAACUAGUACGGAAAAUAUUUUAAUGUUGACAAAUUUCUGUGCUACUGCACUAUGAAGUUUUGGUGAAUUUGUCUGAAGUAUUAUGUAUGUAUUAAAACAGUAUUUUGUUUUCCCUACACAGUAGUAGGCAUCUGUGAAGCUUCAAAACUAACAAGUAGAAUAUUUUAUUUAUUCGAUUCUAAAACUGAAUCGAAGCUUCAGAGAUAAUAAUUGGAAACUAAUAAUAUGUUUUCAUUUUGAGUUUACGAUAACUAUAUUACAAGCCCCCAAAUAAGUAGUAACAUCAAAA